AAGCUUUUUAUACGCUACACUCACACCUUGGCGACAACACCUUCCGAUUGUCAGAGAGCUAUCACACAUACCUAUAUGUAUGUAUAUGAUAAUACAUAAAUACAAAUAAAUAAGUGUUGGCUUUUUGUUUAUUAACAAAUUGCCAGCGAUUUUCGCGGUUUUGACGAACAUUUUGUGCGCUCAGUGUUUAUUUGGUGCUCCACACCGCCGGUUGCCUACAACGAAAACGUGAAAACGAGAAGACGUGGCGCAGUGAAGAUAACUAGAAAGUCGAAAAACACUUGAAGGCACGCUAUUCGGCUAUCAUUAUCAUUUCGAUUGCUGCUAUUGUUGUUUCUAAUAAAGUGCUUUUUUUUCGCUGCUGUUAUUUAGCUUGAGGUUAUGUGGUGUUUACAAUUAAUUAAUUUUUAUUUAUUGUGAAAUAAGUGAGACGCAAAAAAGAAUUGUAUAAAAUUACCAAAUUUGGACAAAGUGACAAAGCAAAUUUAAAAAUAAAUCAUAUUAAAUCGAGUGGGGUUGUGUCAGUGGUGGUUUUUAGCAUGAAUUCAAUGUGGAGAGUGGGCAAUUUUGCCAAACAUGCAGCAACAGCAAUAACAACGCCAUGCUAUACUGGAUUGAGCGCUCGUUUCCGGUAUGCGAACAUCGCAACAGGUGCCGCAGAGCCCAAAACACAGCAACUAGAUGAGAAGUCAGCGCCGGCGACAGCAACAAGAACUGUCGAAGCGGCUGAACCAGCUCCAAGCUUUGACCAGCAGCGCGAUUCAAAUAAGGCACAGGUUAAGCCGAUAAGCAGUCAACCGUUGACAGAUACUUUUGGACGACACCACACAUAUCUGCGGAUUUCAUUGACCGAACGCUGCAAUUUGCGUUGCCAAUACUGUAUGCCAGCUGAAGGUGUACAGUUACAACCGAAAUCAAAUCUACUAACCACCGAAGAAAUUCUCUACUUAGCGCGAAUUUUCGUUGAGCAAGGUGUGCGAAAAAUUCGUCUCACCGGCGGUGAGCCCACGGUGCGGCGCGAUAUAGUCGAUAUCAUUGCACAAAUAAAGUCCAUACCUAAGCUGGAGAAUGUUGGUAUUACCACAAAUGGCUUGGUAUUAACACGUCUCUUACUGCCAAUGCAACGUGCCGGCCUGGAUGCGGUGAAUAUCAGUUUGGAUACAUUGCGGCCUAAACGUUUCGAGGAAAUCACACGACGCAAAGGUUAUGAACGUGUUAUAGCCGGCAUUGAUUUGGCAAUACAGCUGGGCUAUAAGCCGAAGUUGAACUGUGUGCUCAUGCGCAAUUUCAAUGAAGACGAGAUCUGUGAUUUUGUCGAAUUCACCAAAGAUCGUGCGGUCGACGUGCGUUUCAUAGAGUAUAUGCCAUUCACGGGCAAUAAAUGGCAAACCGAUCGAUUGAUUUCUUUUAAAGAGUCAUUAGAUAUUAUUCAAAAAAGAUGGCCCGACUUUGCGGCGCUGCCCAAUGGUCCAAAUGAUACAUCAAAAGCAUAUGGCGUACCUGGCUAUAAAGGACAAGUGGGCUUCAUAACAUCUAUGACGGAACAUUUCUGCGGUUCAUGUAAUCGUCUGCGACUCACCGCUGAUGGAAAUAUUAAAGUUUGUCUAUUUGGCAAUAAAGAGUUUUCACUUCGUGACGCCAUACGCAAUAAAUGCUCCGAAGACGAUCUGAUUACGUUGAUUGGAACGGCAGUGAGCCGGAAAAAGAAGCAGCAUGCCGAUAAUUUCAUGCAUGUUAAUGUCACAGCACAAAUACAACAAAACUCUCGCAAAACUUUUGAAACCCGAAAGCAUCAAAGGAUUCAUUAUCAAAGGUUAAGUAGCCCUAUUCCAACACCAGACAAAUUACCUAUUUAUGCUAGUCUAAUGAGCAUACAGUCAACAACAAAAUACCUGACCCAAGCGCGCUAUUUCGGUACAACGUGCUCAAAUAGAUGCACUGACAACAACAGUGCAAAUUUAACGCAUGUGGACAAAACUGGAAAGGCUCAAAUGGUAGAUGUCACCACGAAGCAAAUCAGCGAACGCGUUGCAGAAGCACGUGCCACCGUAUUAGUGGGACCGACUAUUGCGCAACUCAUACACACAAACAACAUGCUGAAAGGUGAUGUCCUUAGUGUGGCUCAAUUGGCUGGCAUAAUGGGCGCGAAAAAAACGUCGGAACUCAUACCGCUAUGUCACAAUAUUUCAUUAUCUUCGGUAAAAGUUGAGGCGAAAUUAAAUCUUGAAAGUAAUAGCGUCGAGCUAUUUGGCCGUGUGAAGUGUACCGGGCAAACUGGUGUGGAAAUGGAGGCACUUACCGCUGUCACCUUGGCGGCGCUUACGGUUUACGAUAUGUGUAAAGCCAUCUCACAUGACAUAACAAUAACAGAUAUAAAGCUUUGGGGUAAAACAGGGGGUAAAAGAAAUUAUGAACGUAGUAAGAAUUAGAACAAUUAGUUUAAUGAUAUACAUAUGUACAUAUGAAUUUGUAUACAGUCAAACCUGUAUAAGCGAGAGUUCAAGGGAGCACAAUCUUAUUAUCGCUUAAAGAGGUUUCUCACUAACCCGAGUUUCUCGCUAAUGCACGUACAUAUGUAGUGUUUUUCUCUUAUAGAGGUACACAGCAAUAACAAGUCACAGCAAGUACGAAUGUAGUAAAUAUGUACAUAUGUAAACUCACUCUGAAUUUCAUUCCGCGAUUUUCCGGAUUCAAACGCAUUCACUAUUUUAAGCUUAUCACUUAAUGACAGUACUUUGAUUUUUCUUUUUGCAAUGAUGCAGAGCAGAACUUUCCUUCGCAAUUGAUAACUGUAAACUGAGUGAGUCCGACAAACAGGACGGUAAACAAGCACACGUGUCCAUUCGAAAAGAAUGUCAUAGAGUAACAGCAUUUUUAGUUUCACGAAAUAGAAUUCCACGAAA